AUGGAUCUCCCGUUCGUAACGAGCACCCUAGCCCCCUUCGAUGACAGCAUAACGUGGAUAGUUGCCGUUGCUUUCAUUAUCUCCUUCGUACUGGCGUUUGGACUCGGAGCUAACGAUGCCGCCAAUUCAUUCGGGACUGCUGUUGGUGCCAAGGUCUUCACCCUUACGCAGGCCCUUAUCUUAGCCUCUGUCUUUGAAAUGAUCGGUGCAAUCGCCCUAGGUGCCAGAGUGGCGGAUACCGUACGAAGCGGAUUGUUCGACCCAGAGCUCUACAAUGGGCAUGAGGAACUGCUGAUGGUUGGCCAGUUAUCUGCAUUAACCUCUGCGUGUAUCUGGUUGAUGAUUGCCACGAUUAUUGGUAUCCCAGUGUCUGCAUCACACAGCAUCGUGGGUGCUUCAUUGGGUUUCCAUCUCGUAUUGUUCAGCGGUGAGGGCGUCGACUGGUUUGUUAUCGCCAAAAUAGUUAUUUCUUGGGUCGCAUCGCCGGUACUGUCUGGUAUUAUCUCAUGUACUAUCUACUUCAUCUUAAAAUAUACCAUGCUGGACAGAAAAGACGAGCUCAAAUGGGGCUUAAUGGGGAUACCGUUCUGGUAUUUCUUUGUGGUUUUUAUAAACGUCUUCUCCAUUUUCCUUGGAGUUCCCCAAGUUGCUGAAAGUACCGUUCUGGGUCCAUGGCUGCCAGUCAUUAUCGCUUUUACUACAGGGUUUUGGGUCAGUGUCGGUGUUGUUAUAUUCUUAAUCCCGUACACGAGAAAGAGAGCUCUGGCUGCCGAGGAUUUAAUCAAAACAACUGAAGGUAGAGUUGGAUAUGACAACAUGGGCCUUGAUGAAGGAAUUGUAGAAAUUAAGAAUGAAUCGUAUACUCCAAGGAACCCCGACGAAGAUAACGGUGCGGGUGCGAGCACUGACCGUGCCCGAGAAAAUCAACAAAACACGGGGGACAGUGAAGCCGACAGCCCCGGCACGUUCUCGAAUGGUGGUGUCACGGCAGAAGCAAAGGAAAGCGUUGAGGUGGACGUUGACGACACCAAGGAGAUUAUCGAGACGGGCAAAGACUCUGACGACUGGAAGUCCGUGAAGGACACACCCACAGUGACUAAGAUCUGCGCUCCACUGCAGGGUAUCUCGGCUUGCUUCGCUGCCUUCUCGCACGGUGGAAACGAUGUCAGUAACGCCAUCGGGCCGUUGGUGGGGCUAUACCUCAUCUACGAGAAUGGGAGAAUAACACAAGACUCGACCCCAAUCUGGAUCCUCAUUUAUGGCAGCGUGGGUAUUGCAAUCGGUCUGUUCGUCCUGGGAAGGAGGGUGAUACAGACUGUGGGCACUGAGUUGACUCCGAUUACGCCAUCUACUGGAUUUGCCAUCAAUCUUGGAGCUGCCGUCACAGUCCUCGCCGCCUCACUCCUCGGCAUUCCAGUCAGCACCACUCACUGCCUGGUCGGCUCGGUGGCUUGCGUCGGGUUCAUGAGAGCACGUAAGGCAAUGGACUUUAAACUCUUCACUGGUAUCGUCAGUGCCUGGAUCAUCACUCUACCAGUCACUGUUUUGCUGUCUGCUGCCCUCAUGGGGCUGAUUCAACACGCAGUACCCGGCGGAUGUAAUCUCGUACGGAUGCAGUACAACGGCACCAAUACAUCGACGACAAUGGCUUAUUGA